AUGGAUCUGAAGAGUUUAUUGAGAUUCUGCUUUGUACUACUGUUCUGCGGCCAGAACUUUUCUCUGGGAUGCCGCUGGAUUCGGUACCGGUAUAAAGUUGUGAGCCGGGAGAACCUCCAACUUCUAACAACUAUGGGUGGAGAGUUUGUGAUUGAGAACGUGAACACCAGCUUCCCAAACAAAGUGUACUCAAACGCCAGACAUUCACAGAUGGGAGACUAUAUUUCUAUUCUAUACGAAGUCAUUCGUCAAAUCAGGAAGCUCUACAGCAAAGAUAUGGACAGUGUGACCUGGGACAGUGUGAAACUGGAUAGGUUUCAAUCCAACCUCCACCGAGUGAUUUCUGAGCUUGACCAAUGUAAGCAAGAGAUGACCUAUUCUGACAGCACGAGAUCUCAUAGGACGGAGAACAGGAAUCUGAAGCGUCACUUUAAGAAACUGGAACAUUAUCUGAAAACAAAGGUAUGGCUUUUCGUAUUAGAUUACAGCGGGAAUGCCUGGGAGGUUGUCAGAACCGAAGUGUGGAAACAUUUACAAAGACUCGAUCUGCUGGCGAGCGCCAUGAGGACGAAAAUGAAGGCUUGACACAUCGAAAAGAACCCCCCCUUACAAUAUUUAUUCAUUUAACUGUGCCACAGAUCAACAGUUUUGUAGGACAUUUUUCAAUGAGAAAUUAUUCACUAAUGCUGUUUUUUUUUAAGUAACAAUCAUUCCAUGUAGCUUAUAGCUGUGGGAUGCAAUGUUCCAGUUGCCUUAACUUAUGUGGAGUUGUCAAACUGUAUUUAAUGGGAUCAACAAAACUUGA